UUUACCUAAAGGUUAGCAGUAUGUCAGCAUUUAACACUGUAGGAUACGGUAACUAACAUACCUUCGACAGGUCAGUCGACAAUCGCAGUCGACAGCCGCACGACAGAUCAACAAACGUGACCACACAUCCACAUACUGCCCUCGCAACAAACUGACGACUUCAGACAAGAACGCAUCUAUCACAACGAAUCCACCACACGUCGACAAGUCAGCAACCUCGACAUCGACGAGUCAAUAACUUCAAGACAAGACGAUAACUCGAAUCGACGACAAUACACCACAACAUCCUCAACAUUACACCUACACACCACCAUCAUCGCCACAGUCAUCAUGGCGUCCAGACCUACGACCCCCGUUAAUCCGCUUCCCCCGGCCCCCACCACCCCCAUCCGUGGUCGUGCUCUCAGCCCCCCCUCCAAAUCGCCCAUUGCUACUCCUCCUCCCCCCUCUCCCAUUCCGUAUCUCCCCUGGCGAGACCAGAUAACCUGGGACCACCUCAAUCCCCACUCCGCGCCUAUCGUCGACAACUUCGACGACGAGUGGGAUGUCAAAACCCUCGUGCCACAAACCCCUGAACGAAAAGUCAUCCUAUCCAAAGAGCGUCAGGAAAUUGUACGACAACGGCUUGAAGCGGGUCAUGGCACUAAUCAUGUCCACUUCAUCGUUAACGAUGACUACAGAGCCGACGUCCACGGCAACAACAUCCCGGACUCGCACAUGAUCUUGGUGACGGGGGACCCCAGGCGGAAUGGAGGCAUUCUUUCCUUCGACGGCGUUGAUGUGGAGGAGGGAAUGGUCGUCGAGAAGCGAGACGGUCUUUGGGGGGUCUAUGAGGUGGAUUGGGAUGUGGAAUACGACGAUGAGGAAGAGGGGGAGAUUCCAGUAGAGCAACAGAUCUAUCAAGUGUUUCUCGAAGGAGCUGGAGGUGACCACGAAGAGGCCUGGGAUCUUUACGAGCGCUUUCGUGCACAUAAGGAGCGACAGGCACAAAAGGAACGAGUCUACCAAGCAAUGCUGGCGGAGUUGGAGGGAAAUGAAGUGCUGGCGCGGGAAGUGUAUGCGCUCUGGUGCGAACAGGAAGAGCAGCAGACGGAAAACUCCGAAGAUGAACGGGAAGAGAGAAGGGAUGAUGACGAGCAAAACGUCCGCGCCCGUGCAACGAUGUGGGCAAAAGGAUUCAGAAUGGGGUACGAACUUCGCGACUCGUCACUCCCGAAGUCGCCGACGAAGACCACAUCCUCUGUUGUGCACGAGGACAGCGAUCAGUCGACCGAGUCAAAGCAAGAGCCCGACGUUUACGACUGUUUGGGCGAAUGGGCGAUGCGCUUGAACGGUGAACAGAAUAUCCGUGAUGGCCAUCCGCUCGGAAAGGACCCAAAGAUGACGGCAACCAGCACUUUGUGCGAGGGUACCAACAGCUUGAUCGAUAUUGAGCAGGACCAAGACGUCUACGACUGUCUCGACGAAUGGGCCAGCAGCCUCGAGCAUGGCACCAAAUACGCCUCUUUCUUCCACAAGGCCUCAAAGUCGGUAGGCAAAAGCAGCAGUGAGCUCAUCGACAUCGCGAUAGAGACGCCCGAUGUGUACGAGUAUUCCACAGACAUAUUCUACGACGGCAAAGUAGCCACCGAGACUACCCCAGCGACUACGCCAAAUGUCCAAUCAUAUGCCGGCUAUAUUUCCUGCCCAGACCCUAUCAUCAUAACGCCGGACUAUGCUGCCACUAGGCUGAAGACUCCCGAGGACUUUUUCCACUAUCGUCGCCAUUCCUGGACCAACUUCGAAGGCCAGUGCAGAUAA